CACCACGCAAUCAAACUCACCAUCACCACCACCACCACCACCCAUCGAACCAGAGCACGCACGCACGAGCAAAGCCAUGGCGGCGUGGACGGCGGCGGCGGGGAUGCUGGGGUCGGCGGCGUACACGCGGAUGCGUGCAGAGAACCCGUCGGAGUUCAUGCCGAGGAGGGUCCUCCUCUCGCACGCCGGCCUCGAGAACGAGAUCGACCGCGGCAACAGCUUCUGGGUCAAGGCGGCGCUCGUCUACGAGUCCGUCACCGGCGACCACGUCGACGACCACACCAGGCACCUCUCCCGCGACCUCCUCCUCAACCUCGCCGCCUACUGCUGCCCCCACGUCCACCCCGACCCUUCACCACGUAGACCGCAGGCCCUUUCAGAAGACGAGGAUAAGAAGAAAGCGGAGGAUGAUCAGCUGGCGAAGAGGACGCAGCAUCCCGACGAAGGCACGGAGGAGAACAAGCAGGUCAUCGACGCCAUCUUCCUCGUCGUCGGCUUCCUCCCGCGGCUCACCAAGGCGGCGGCGACUGGCGGCGGCAAGGGCGCCGCCGCGGCCGCCGCCAGGCGUGACGCCGUCGACGAGAGCUUCAAGGCGACGCACAUGCAGGACAUCGUCACGGACGUGAUCAAGCUCGAGAACCAGCUCCCGAUCAAGCACCUGCUCGCCGUGGCCGACCUCGCCGAGGCGGCGGUCCACGCCGCCGCCGGCGACAUCCCGGGGCUCAAGGACGACGUCGCGAAGGCGCUCCGGGAAUACAAGCUCGGAUUCGCGCGCGCGAAUUUCGACGGCGUGAUCCGCUCGUUCUGCUCGUACUACUCGCCGUUCUUCUCCAAGGACGAACAGGCCAAGAAACCCGACGACGCCGCCAUCUCCGGCGAGCUCACGCUCCUGGACUGCCUGCACGCCAGCCUUGUUCCGCCGUCGUCGGAAGCCGGCGGCGGCGCGGGAGGGGUGAAAGGCGGCAAGACGUCGAGGAUCCCGACGGCGAAGGAGCUCCGCCGCUCGGGCGUCCGUCUCGAGGCCGGCGUGGAGGACGGCCGCGCCGUGGUCCAGUUCAAGGAGGACGCCGCGACGCUGCGGCUGCCGGCGCUGGUGUUCGACUUCAAGCUGGCCACGGUGGCGAGGAACCUCCUGGCGCGGGAGCUGGAGGAGCAGAGCAAGCCGGUGACCCGCUACUUCCAACUGAUGAACGAGCUCGUCGAGGAGGUCGCCGACGUGAGGAUCCUCCGCCGCGCCGGCGUCGUGCGCGGCGGGUCCAGGGGCGCCGGCGAGGUGCACGAGCUCAUCAAGAAGAUCGACGGGUACGCCACCUACCCGUCGGUGUUCAUGGCCAUGGACGUGCAGGUCGAGAAGGUGAAGGUGUUCCACGAGAAGCGGAUGAACAACUUCUUCGUCCGCUACCGCCCCGCCAUCGUCGCCGCCUCGUCGGUCGUCGCCGCCUCCGUCGUCGCCAUUGUCGCCACCAGGAAGAAGCGUGGGUGAAUUUAAUCAAACAACAAAUCUAUUAAUAACUUGUAAAAUUCCUGGAUCCAUCCAUUCGUUCAUCUGCCAUUGUAAGGCGUAAUACUUGUAAAUUAUAAUGACCUAAAAUACCAUUUAUUCUCCCGCAAAAAAAGGCAAAACUUGAGAAAAACAAGGGAAAAUUUGUAAAUUACAAGCCAAUUAAUACUAGCUUAAUUACCUA